AGAUAUCUUCGCGAUGGACUCAUGCCCUGCACAAAUGGCGUGCUCCCACUUGUCGGCCGGGCACCACCGAUGCCCUUAUCGCCGACACCACCGACUGCUCGUCGCUUUUAUAUCUUUUUUUUUUCUUCUGACGGGCUCUGAGCUUGUCCUGCCAACCUGCAACCAUGGCUGCUCACACCGACGAGACGAUGCCUCUGAACCCCGGGGGUGUUGAUUCGGACACCUACCAGACCAUUACCGCGGAUCCGACCAAGCAGCCGACAAGUACAAGCCAUGUUAUCGCCAACGAGGAAGCUUCUGCUCCGGAGAGCCCCGCGGAGCCGGCCGUUCAAGUGUUGACCAGCGUGGGCAGCAUCAUCACCGUCCUGCUUCUCGGCGAGUUCAUCUCCAAUGCUGAUUCGACCCUCAUCAUGACCGCGACGGCUCGCAUCACCUCCGAGUUCAACAAGCUCCAGGGCGCAGCGUGGCUGUCGACUGGAUACACCAUCGGUGUUUGCGCUGCGCAGCCAAUGUACGGAAAACUGAGCGACAUCUACGGACGGAAGCCUCUGUUACUGGGGUCCUACUUUUUCCUCGCGCUGGGCUGUGUUAUUUGCGGGCUGGCAACUGAUCUAUCGGUUGUAAUUCUCGGACGCACUCUCAGCGGUAUUGGAGGUGCCGGAGUUAUGACCAUGAGCUCCAUCAUUAUUACUGAUAUCGUCUCGAAGCGUGAGGUUGCCAAAUGGCGAGCGUACAUCAACGUGUCAAUGACCCUCGGCCGUAGUGUUGGGGGUCCUAUCGGUGGUGUUUUGACUGAUACAAUCGGCUGGCGAUGGGCGUUUCUGCUGCAAGCUCCCCUCCUCGGUCUCGCCGCCCUCCUUGUCACCCUCCAGCUCAAGCUCGCCCCUCGAGCUUCCUCGGAUACAGAAUCAGAUGGGUCCAAGAUACGCCGUAUCGAUUUUCGCGGUGGGUUUCUGCUCGCCGUCAGCAUUGCUACGAGUAUCCUUCUCCUCGACCGAGGCGGAAAGUCAUUCCCAUGGGCGUCGCUACCAACAUUGGGUCUCACAACUAUCGCUACCCUGGCUUUCGCUCUCUUUGCCUACACUGAGCUAUACGUCGCGGCGGAGCCUAUCUUCGAUCUCCGCAUUCUUCGUCGCCCGAACGUCACGCCGAGUUAUCUGGUCAGCGCUCUGCAGGCGGCCGCUCAGGUGGGUAUGAUGUUCACGGUCCCUCUCUACUUUCAGGUGACGCAGCGCGUAUCCAGCACCGUCGCCGGAGCCCACCUCGUCCCCGCGGUUCUCGGAAACACCAUUGGCGGACUCAGCGCAGGCAUGUUCAUCCGCAAGACCGGAAACUACAAGCCUGUCCUCACCGUGGCCGGACUCAUCGCAUGCAUCUCGUACGUGCUUCAAAUCCUUCGGUGGAACGGCAACACGGGUGCAUGGGAGUCGCUGUACAUCAUCUUUGGUGGACUGGGAUCCGGUACCUGCUCGUCGGCAGCAUUUGUUAGCAUGACUGCAUUCCUCGAGCCGCAGGAGAUUGCCAUGGCUACGAGUGGUUAUCUCCUGCUGUUGAAUUUUGCCUUGACGUCUGGAAUCACUAGUAUCUACACGGUGCAGGGUCUGGAGUUCAAGAGGCAGAUGCAGCACCGAGUGCAUGGGCCGGAUGCAAAGACGAUCAUUGAGCAUGCGCUCUCGAGCGUCCGGUAUAUCAGUCAACUUAGUGGCUCUGUCCGAGAGAUCGUCGUCAGCUGUUAUGUCGCUGGGUUGAAACAUGGUUACCUUGUAUCCCUCAUUUGCUCAGCUCUCUCCUCGAUUAUAGCUUUGACCGCCAGAAACCACCGACUUUGA